AUUCCUCUUCCCCCGGCGUCUAUAAAUAAAACAACGCCAGAGUUGUAGAUCUCAGCAUCCAACUUCAAAAAGAAAAUCAGAAACCAAAGAGAGAAAAAAAUGUCAGGAAUCAUGCACAAGAUUGGCGAGACGCUCCACAUGGGAGGUGAAAAGAAGGAGGAGCACAAGGGGGAGCAUCAUGAGGAAGGUCACAAGGGCGAACACCAUGCGGAGGGUGGUCACAAGCCUGAGCAUCACGGCGAAGGGCACAAGCAUGAGGAGCACAAGGAGGGGCUGGUGGACAAGAUCAAGGACAAGGUCCAUGGCGAGCACGGUGAGGAGGGGAAGAAGAAGAAGAAGGAGAAGAAGAAGAAGCACGAGGAUGGCCAUGACAGCAGCAGCAGCGACAGCGAUUAGAUCAUCCUCAUCAUCUUCCCAUUACAGCCUAGUACUUGUGAUGGGAUUUGAGGAUCUAUCUCACUAUUAUCUAAAAAGAGUGUUUUGUAUGCUGCUGUUUUCUGGGCAAUAUAUGUGCCAGAAUGAGUUGUGUUGUUUAUGGUGUUCGUGAAUGUAAAACCUAAAUAUUAUUGUGUUUAUAAUAAAGCUAUCUUUUAGAUAUUUGUCGGGGCUUACCCAACAUUUGUUAAUUUAUUU